AUGGAAAAGAAACCGCAUUUUGUUAGGAGGGAGUUUCCUCCCAGGGAGGUGUCGUCCGUCUCGUUGGCGUUACUGCUUGCGGCUGUUCUCCUCCUUAAUGCCCUUCUCUACCUGUACCUCAACAAGUUUUACAUCUCUUCGGGACGGGCUGAAACAGACCCUGGCCUCUGCUCUUUCGGGUACUUCAAAUUGGGAGCCGUGAAGAAUUGUUCCCCGUGGCUCUCCUGCGAAGCCAUAAACAGGGAAGUCAGGAAACUCAAGUGUGUUGGUGAAGGCGCUGUGAAAAAGGUCUUCCUUUCCGAGUGGAAGGAAAACAAAGUCGUCCUUUCACAGCUCACGAACUCAGAGCUGAAGGAGGACUUUCUCCAUGGACUGAAGAUGCUGAAAGCACUUCAAAGCAAGCACGUUGUCCGGCUGGUUGGCUACUGUGAGCAGCAGUUCACAAUCCUCACCGAGUACCAUCCUCUGGGCUCCCUGAGGGGCCUGAAUGAAACUCUCCACAUGCCCAAGUACAAGGGCAUGAACACCUGGCAUCGCAGGUUGAUGCUUGCUAUAGACUACGUGAGCAUCAUCCGGUACCUGCACAGCAGCCCUCUGGGCACCCUAGUGAUGUGCGACUCGAAUGACCUGGACAAGGUCCUCUCUCAGUAUCUCCUAACAAGUGAUUUUCAUGUCCUGGUGAAUGAUUUGGACGCUUUGCCUCUUGUGAACAGGAGUGCCGGCAGGCUGGUGAAGUGUGGUCAUCGGGAGCUCCGGGGCAAUUUUGUAGCUCCUGAGCAGCGCUGGCCCUAUGGAGAAGCUGUUCCAUUUGAGGAUGACCUCAUGCCCCCCUAUGACGAGAAAACAGACAUCUGGAAAAUCCCAGAUGUCUCCAAUUUUUUCUUGGGUCACGUUGAAGGAAGUGACAUUGUGCGACUGCAUUUGUUUGACAUCCAUGCAGCAUGUAAGAAGGAGGACCCAGCUGAAAGACCUUCUGCCCAGGAGGUCUUAGACACCUACAGGAAAGUUUUAACUCUGCUUAUUCGGGAGGCAGCCAUGCCUGGUACUAGGGAAAUGUUAUAG